AUCGCGAAAUAUUGAGCCCGCAAAAAAUAAGUCGUUUACAGUGUCGGGAAUACAAUUCAGUCUCGACCGAAAAGGGGCACAACGAGGUUCAAAUCGAAGGAAAUUCAAAGAACUCUGGAAUAACUUUCCUUAAAAGGUAAAAUUAAAACAAUUGCUUCCAGCUGCCUUAAUAGACCCUUUACGAAAGUCAGCGCCUCUAGUGUCGGUUGCGCAAACUUGACAAAAUCCGCCAUUACUGUGUCGUCAAGCAUCGAGGGGGACGGUUGAACCUGGACCAUUCCGCUGCGUUCGGCAGUGGUGAUAGCGUUCGACAUGCCAACUCAUUGCUGCGUCCCUUAAUGCACCCAAAGAGGGCCAAAAGAUGAAAAAUAACACAAGGUACUUUGUGGAAGCAUAUUUCGACACAGCCCUGCCACACUUGAGCGAAGAGGAGCCAAAUAUGCGGACAAGUUUUUCUGUGUGGAGAGUAUUAUGUGUUGCCAAUUUUAUUUACACUCAUCCGGUCCAGGUUGCUAUUAAAUUGCCGGCCGAGGCAGAUUGCUGGGACGGCGAGAGCGACUACUUCUCUUUGCUGGACAAGUUGGAACCCCCGACGCAGCCCCGAUACCAAGACGCGUACCAGUGUCAGUUGUGCCCUUACACCAGUCCCUUUGCGUCGAACAUCGUCAGGCACAGAAGGAUGCACACGGGAGAAAGGCCUUACCGCUGCUCCGUCUGCCAGAGAGGCUUCUCGCAGAUCACCAACCUGCGCACUCACAUGAGAACUCACACGGGCGAGAGGCCGUUCCGAUGUGAGGUUUGCCACAAGGCCUUUUCCCAGAGCACACACUUGGUGGUUCACAAACGAGUUCACACGGGGGAGAAACCGUACCAAUGCAGGACCUGCGAGAAGGUAUUUGCACGAAGGUUCCACCUGCUGAAUCACGAGAGCACUCACAGAGGAGAUGAGAGUCACGCGUGCGAGGCCUGCGGAAGGACGUUUACGCAGAGGAGCCAUUUAGAGGAGCAUCGGAAGGACGCGCACAAGUGAGGGAUCUGCGUUACGCGGUAUGUGGAGGCGAUUUGUGUCGAAGACUGCGGUGAUUGGCACCUGAAAGAGAUGCUGGGCGUGGCUCGGUAUAUUCGUGCUUCGCAAUUGGUUCUUGGACAUUCUUAUUUGCCGAUGCUGCGGUUUGGUUGGCUGCGAGGCGAUAUUAAAGUAUUUGUUCGCACGAGGGAGUUUGGAACAGAGGCAUCUUUGUCUGCUGUAAACAUUGAUCAGACGUCGCGAUGACUGGCCCUCCAGGAAGAGCUGCAGUACCGCCACUGCGGCUUUCUCCUCGCUCGUGAACGGCCCUCAUCUAUUGCAGCUUCUAACUUUGGGACCAUUUUCACAUUGGGAAGUGUCAACUUACUUUUAACCCGUUGCUAUGCACAAGCGAGGAGAACAGGGUUUUGAGUGAGCACCUAGAAUUGUGAAUUUUUGUCAUUUUAGCUUUUAAAUAUUCCUCCAAAUUUGCUCGAAUACGGGGGAAAAGUUACAUGAAUGUGGUUUUAGCUGCGUGUUUAUAUAACUUGGCAGGAAUUAGAUAGGAAUAUAACCAUCACUAUUAUCGGACUAUAAUUGACUAAAGUUUGUUAAUUAUUUUUUUAAUUACUGUAAUUAGGAUGUAUGUUUAUAUUACGAGCUUUGAGGUGGUCGUGUGCCAAAACUGUUCCAUCUGUUCCAUUUAGUAGAAUUCGUGUAGCCAGCCUGUGUUCCUCGAUAUUCGUUUCUGAACUUUGCACUUUUAGAGUUCAGCUAUAGUGGUCACUUUCGCAGUUUGCUGGAUUGAAUGGAUAAAAAUUUUGAUUAAGUAGAAAAUUUGGGGGCGGAUAUCUCAGAAAACGCUUCAUUUAAAAUUUUCGUGCUGCUAAGAAAACACACCCUGUAUAUCUGAACCUUGUUUUGCCAAUCUUUAUUUCAGAAUGAUUUGCAUUCUUGAUAUUGUAAAAGCAUUGUAUACCCGUUUGGGAUUUCUUUAAUGGAUCGCAAAUAAAACACUUUCCCGGCAA